AUGUUUAAAAGCAAGUCACCAAAUACUCCAAGAGAAUCAAAAGAAAGUAAUGAAAAAACAAUUACAAUCAUACCUCAUGUGUAUGUUCAAAAUGAAGAUAGAUCAAUGAUUGAUGGAAAUAUAAAAAUUUCAGUUAAUAUGAAUAUUUUAACGUUCCAAUUUAGGUCUUCUAUAUCAUUAGAUGGAAAGUCAAGAUCAAAAAACAACACGUUUAGUAUUACUUUUAGUAUUGAUGAUAUAUCUGGACUUUGUAUUUCAUCUCCUAUUAAUAAUUUUGAUACAAUUAAUUUUUCUACUAUAGAAAAACAUCUUCCUUCAUUCUUCUUUCCAAAAGAUAGUGAAUUUAAUGUUUAUUUUUUUCUUAAUGUUAUUAUAGAAAAUGGAUUUACAAUAGUACCAAAAGAUGGACAACAAAAUGUUUUUAUUGUUCAUAAACGGUUAGAAAAAGUUGCUGAUAUUUUAAGUUCUUCUCCAAUUGAUUUGUCUCAAAUUACUCCAAUUGAUCUUAAGACAAUUCUUUCAUUAGCAAACGAAGACGGUAGUUUUGAAGUUUCAGCACAAGAAGAUAUUAGAAAAUCAACAUAUUUUAGUGGGUUACAACCUGAUGCACGUACAUUUGUAUGGAAACUUGUUUUAGGAUAUUAUCGAUUUGAUAUGACAACUAAACAACGAGAGGAACUUGAUCAAAAACGAAGAAAAGAAUAUUUUAUGAUUAAAACACAAUGGGAAAAUUUCAUUCCUGAACAAUUAACAAAUUGGAUAACAAUGAAACAAACAUUAGAACAAAUAGACAAAGAUGUUAGAAGAACUGAUAAUAAACAUGAGAAAUUUUUUAAUGAAAAAAAUGUUGUAAUGUUACGUGAUGUAUUAAGAACAUAUGCUUUAUAUAAUUGGAGAAUUGGAUAUGGUCAAGGAAUGAAUGAUAUUUGUAGUUUAAUUAUGGAAAUUACAUUAGAUGAAUCAGAAGUAUUUUGGUUAUUUAAAUCAGUUAUGGAUAUGAUGGAACAAUUUUAUAAACCAAGAACAAAUCAUGAAGUGCAAAAUUUUGAAGAAGUUGGAUGGAUUAUUAAAUUUGUAAAUCCAUCUUUAUAUGAUUAUUUUAUAAGAAAUAAUGUAAAUUAUUUGUUUUGUUACAGAUGGAUUGUAUUAUUGUUUAAACGUGAUUUUAGUUCACGUGAUUGUCUUAAUGUUUGGGACCGUAUUUUCGCUUAUCCAGAAAGAAAAUUGUAUUAUUUUAUUUGUAGUGCUAUUAUCCUUAAAAAUGGUGAUCAAAUAGUUGAGAAACAAAAGGGAUUUGAUGGAAUGGUUGAGUUUUUACAAGACAUGCAUAAAAAAAUUCCUGCUCAAGUUGUAUAUGACUCAGAUAUUAUUUAUCAAGAAUUUAAUGAACUUGCAGAUAAAAAGUAUUUGGAAUUAAUGUUUCAAAACUAA